AUGAUCGAGCGAUGGCAUCGAACAUUGAAAACAGCUUUAAUGUGCCACGAAACGAUGAAUUGGAUUGAUACGUUACCUACCGUUUUGUUAGGACUACGCACCGUGUACAAGGAAGAAAUGAAGUGUUCUCCUGCCGAAAUGAUUUACGGGACAUCGUUGCGACUGCCUGGAGAUCUUUUUGUGGAAAACAAUGCUCCAAAUGAUCCAUCAAUCUUUCUUGAAAAAUUCAAACGAGACAUUCGUCGAUUGAAGCCUACACCAGCGUCACAUCAUCGAACAGACAGCAUUUUUGUACAUAAAGAUUUGCCGAAAUGCAGUCAUGUUUUUUUAAGAGUGGAUUCGUGUAAAAAACCACUGCAACAACCGUACACUGGCCCGCACGAAGUAAUCAAGAGAAUAUCGGAUCGCGUGUACACAAUAAAAAAAGACGAAAAGGAAAUUAACGUUUCAACAGAAAGACUGAAACCAGCAUUUAUCUUGAAUGAAAAUUUGGAUCUUUUGCCAGACAACGCAAAAUUAAUAGCACCACGACCACUGGUUCGAAAAACAUAUUCUGGACCCAAAACAAAAAAAGUACGAUUCGAGACAAAUGCUUAG